GGAUCAAUCAGUAAAUUAUCAUUCAGCUUUUAACAAUCAAAUCAAUCAGUUCAAUUUACUAAUUGUGUCUUAGUUUAAAUCACUAAUUAAAACUUAACUCAAAAUGAACGCUUUCUUUGUCAUCGCUUCACUCCUUGUUGCUUCAGCUUCAGCUGGUUUAGCUCCAGUCAGCUACUCAUACCCUGGUGCACCCGCUUAUGGACACCAUGCUCCCCUUUCAUAUGCCCCAGCCACUUAUGCUUCUGCCCCAGCUUACACUAAAGUCUUAGCCGCUCCAGCCUACGCUUCAGCUCACUAUGCCGCUCCUGCUCACUACGCUGCCCCUGCUUACGCCGCUGCCCCUGUUGCCAAAGUUGCCACCGCUCCAGUUUCAACUUUCCAAUUCUCCCAAUACGUUCAACCAGCUCCAGCUCACUAUGCUGCUGCCCCAGCUUACACUAAAGUUUUAGCUGCUCCCUCAUACGCUGCACCAGCUUACACCGCUCCAGUUGCCACAUACCAAAAAUACAUUGCCCCAGCUCCAAUCCAAACUUACGCUGCUGCCCCAGCUUACACCAAAGUUGUCGCCGCUCCAUCAUACGCUCCAGCUCACUACGCUGCCCCGCAUGCUCCAGCUCACUAUGCUGCUCCAGCUUACACCUCAGCUCCAGUCGCCUCAUACCAAAAGGUCAUCUCAGGUCCAACUUACGCCGCUCCUGCUUACGCUCCAUGGAAGUAAAUUAUAACAAAACGUUAGUAAGAAUCUUUAAUUAGUCAACUACCUUAAUUAAUGAGCUAAAAAUUUUAUAUUAAUUUCAAAUGAGAUUCUGAAUAAUUUGUUUUCUUUAAUAAGUUUCGAUAAAUUAAAAAAAUCUGCAAAUUCAAUUUGAUUUUGCACCAAAAAAAACUAAA